CUGGCGGGUGUAUGGGGGUGUCUGGGGGUGUCUGGGGGUGUAUGGGGGAUUCUGGAGUUGUCUGGGGGAGUCUGGGUGUCUCUGGGGGUGUCUAACGCGCGUCCCCCCCCCCCGCAGUCGUACCAGUCCAGCCCCGGGGGCCAGUCGUCGUGCAGCAGCGAGCCGUCUCCUCUCAGCAGCGCCAACAACACCGACAGUGGGGUAGAGAUGGCCCUGCACAGCGGGGGCAGCUUCGGGGACCUCAGCGCGCAGGACGACUGCCCCAUGGUGGACUCCACGGUGGCAGCCGGGGGGCAGCAGGUGGGGGUGGGGCUUCAGCUGAGGAAGGCUGCGGGCGGGCCGGUCACCAUCAAGCUGGAAAACAUCAAGAAGGAAAGGCUGAGGACGGUGAGGGAGUCCUGCCCCUGGAUCCACCCGCAGCCCCCCCAGGGGCCGCGCGACAGCAUGAAGCUCCCCCCCAUCCCUGCAGUCGGCUCCCUGCUGGACGGCUCCGGCCUGCUGGACCCGUACGAGGUGACGCUGCUGUCCCAGCGGCGGGGCAGCGGCAGCAGCACGCUGAGCUCCGCCUACUCUCUGAGCCCCGCCUACUCUCUGAGCCGCCGCUCCUCGGGCAUCUCGCCCUGCGGCUCCAGCCGGCGCUCCAGCGAGGCCUCGCACUGCGGGGGCCGCCGCCACCACAACCUCAGCUCCGCCGACUCCUACGACCCCAUCUCCACCGACCUGUCCCGCCGCUCCAGCGAGGCCAGCCACUGCGGGGGGGGCGGGGGCGGGGGGGGCCUCCCCAGCAUGCUCAGCCUCACCCCCGCGCAGCACUACCGCCUCAAGGCCAAGUACGCCGCCGCCACCGGCGGGGCGCCGCCCACCCCCCUCCCCAACAUGGAGCGCAUGAGCCUGAGGACGCGCAUGGCGCUCUACAGCGAGCCCCACGAGGGCGCCGCGCCCCCCCCCCGCCAGCCCCCCCCCCGGGGCCCGGCGGUGCAGCGACACCGGCUACGGCCGACCCGGUGCGCCGGCCCCCCCCCCGACCCGCCGGCCUUCCCCCGGGCGCCGCGCUACGGCAGCCUGAGCGGCGCCCUGAACGGCGUGGGCGCCCUGAGCGGCGAGCGGCAGCUGGCGCUGGCGGGCCAGGGCUACACGCGCUCGGACGGCAGCCUGCAGCGGCACCCCUUCGCCCCCAGACCCCCCAGCAUCUCUGAGAACGUGGCCAUGGAGACCAUGGCGGUGGACGGGCUGAUGGCCGGCGGGGAGGAUGACCUGGUGCUCCCGGACGAUGUGGUCCAGUACCUCCGGUCACAGAACUCUGGGCCCUCGGGUCAGAACCCGGGGCAGGGCGGCUACACCCCCAGCAGCCAGACCAGAGGGACCGGCGGGGGCAGCUCUGAUGGGGGGGUACAGGUGUCAGACACCACGCGGACAGAUGGCCGGGCCAAAGGCGAACCAACAACAAGGCUGCGCUUCUUUUCUCAUCUUCUGGUUGGCUGGGCAGACCACUGGCGCACCAACAGGAUAAGGGCCUCCCCGGCCCACCCUCCGGAGCCAUGUGACAUCAAAGAGCAGAGCAGGAUUACUGCCACUUCAAACUGA